AGACCAAAGCAACACCAAAGUUAUGAAGCUCUCAAGCUCUAAAGGAUUCCAAAGAUGGAAGGUUUGAAGUUUUGAAGCUCUGAAAGUUUUGAAGACCCAAAGCAUUAAAGCUAUAAAGCUCCAAAAAUUUAGAAAACAAAAGAGUAUAAGCCCCCCUCUUGAAGACCACCAACACUUUAAAACUCAUCAAAAUGACUUUCAAACACCAAAAACUAUAGCUUUGAGAACAAGCCACAACAAACCUAUAGAACUCUUUUUUUUUUUUUUUUUUUUUUGUUUUAAAAAAGAAAGAAAGUAUAUAAGAAACAAAGAUUAAAACUUUAAAUCAAUACAAGCAUGAAGUUAAUUUUGAUGAACAUUAAAAAAGAACAAAAAUGAAUACUAAAUCAUACUCUUAAACUUUCCUUUUUAAAAAUUGAACAACAAAGGGUAAGAAUCGUAUAAAUUCAAUUAUCUCAAUUUUUAAGUUUGAAAUUAGGAGUACCAUCCUUUGCAAUUUGCCCUAGAUAAAAAUGGAAAUGUAUAAGUAUAUUAUAAAUUUGAAUUCCCACUUUUUGACGCACUCGCAUCGCACGUAAUCACACAAUAACUUUUCUUCCUCAAACCAGCACGGAUUCCUUCUAUAUCUCGGACCAUCAUUUUCUCAUUGGCAUGGGAUUCGAUCAAACUGUUGCUGAACCACUCGACCCUAUAGAUCAAACUCAUCUAGCAUGGAAAAUUUCUGUGCACUCCCUUUCUGAUCUUUCUUAUAUAUCUCCUGUUGUAUUCUUAUACCUUCUUAAAGAAUGUUAUAUUCGUGGCACAGUGAAAGCAACUAAGAAGUUUCGAUUCCUUCAGCAACAAGUUCAUUUAGUACUUCAUAAUGGUCCCCAACCUGGACCAGCUACCUUUGUUAUUCAUUGCCUAUACGUUUUGCCUAUAUUUGGACUAUAUAGUGAAGGAUUCAGCCACUUGAUUACCUCAGCUCUCCAACGUUUUCUGAAAGUUGUGACAACUCCAGCAGACCUUGAUGAGGCGAAGGACCUAGCUGCUCAGUUAUUUAUCGAUAUUGUUGGAGGAUUCAUUGCGCAUGAUGACAGGAUAGUCGUGAAGAUUAUACAGAUAUUUGAUGUUCAGUUGACCGACGUUGAGAAAGUUAUGUUUGAAUCUAAGGCAAGAAAUAGGUGUUCCUCUGACUCAGCCAAAGACUUUGUCGAACAAUAUGUUUCUGAGUUAAUAGAAACUCAGGGUUACACGACAGCUGUUGAUGUAUUAGAGCAUUUCUCUAUUCACCAAUCUGGGCAAUCUCUUCUCUAUAGCAUGUUGCAGAACAAUGAAUUUAAAGCAGCUGAGAAAUGGGCCACUUUUAUGGGAAAGCCAAUGUUACAUCUGCUUGUCCAGGAGUUGAUAAAUAGAAACAAGCUAAAAAGUGCAUAUGGCGUUAUAAAGAAAAAUGAUUUGCAGAAGGAAUUUCCCGAUGUCUAUCAGAAGUGUAAAGAGAGCUCCUUGAAGAAUUUAGCCGAAAAAGGAUGCUGGGAUGUUGCUGAGGCAAAAACAAACAGCAAUAGGCAAUUUCUUGAAUAUCUGGUUUACUUGGCAUUGGAAGCUGGUUAUUUUGAAAAAGUUGAUGAACUUUGCAAUAGGUACUCCCUUACGGGUUUUCUGAAUAUCAAAGAACGUGAGGGAUGUUAUGGACAGAAGUUAACGAACCACUAUCUGAAUCUUAAUCAACUAAUUGCUGGAGAUAUAUUAUGGGUUGACAAUGCUGAUGCUUUACAUCAUGCAACACGCCAUAUUGAGGAGUGUAAAGUUGUUGGUAUUGAUUGUGAGUGGAAACCUAACUAUAUAAAGGGCAAGAAACCGAACAAGGUAUCUAUUAUGCAAAUUGGUUUGGAGGAAAUGGCUUUCAUCUUUGACUUGAUCAAGUUAUAUGAUGAUGUCCCUGACAUUCUAGACAAUUGCCUGACCCGCAUCUUGCAGUCUUCUAGUAUUUUGAAGCUCGGCUACAAUUUUUUAUGCAAUGUGAAGCAACUGUCCCAUUCGUAUGAAUCAUUGAAGUGUUUCAAACAUUAUGAGAUGUUACUAGACAUUCAAAAUGUAUUUGACCAUAGUGGAGGUCUAUCUGGGCUUGCACAGAAAGUAUUGGGAGCUGGAUUGAACAAGACACGACGAAAUAGUGACUGGGAACAGCGGCCCUUAACGGUGAAUCAGCUAGAAUAUGCCGCGCUGGAUGCUGUGGUACUCGUCCAUAUUUUCCAGCAUGUUCGAGAUCAAUCACAGCCAUCUACGACAACAGAAGGGGAAACACGACUAGAGUGGAAAUCCUUCAUUGUCUCCCACAUGGAUAACUCGUCAAAACUGAAGAAGAAAAAAGAGAGGAGCAAAAAGAAAGCAGAAGUUGUAACCAAGUUGUAAUGUGAAUGAUUUUAGGAUGUUUAGGGUACACUUGUGCCUUUUCUGUACAUAUUCAUUCAAAUCAAAAUUGUAUGUUGAUCUUCACUGCACUUCAGUGAUUUCCAUGAAAAUAGUAAAUGUGUACAUUAUAAAUCAUGCUUAUGUUAAUAUGGAAUAUGCACGAAACCUUCUGUCUAAA